GGGGGGAGCGAAGCGCCCUGCCGGGCUCAGGCUGGCAUCGAUGUGCCCGGGAGCGGCUGCUCGGCCCCAGCGAUGGAUCGGAGCUCGAAGAGGAGGCAGGUGAAGCCUUUGGCAGCUUCCCUGCUAGAAGCUUUAGAUUAUGACAGUUCAGAUGACAGUGACUUUAAGGUUGGAGAUGCUUCAGAUUCUGAAGGCAGUGGACAUGGCAGUGAAGAUGGAUCAAAGGAUAGCGGAGAAGGAUCCUGUAGUGAAUCAGAGGAAAAUGUCUUGGAGGAAGACCUGGCAGAAGGAAGAAAGCUAGACGAAGAACAACCUAAAAGCUCAGGUGGAGAAGAGCUGCCAAUUUCGGAGAAAGAGGUGAUUAAAACUGAAAAAAAAGAGGAUGAUGAGUACGGAGAAGGAGAAGACAAACCAGGAAAGAAAAAGGAGAGAGAGAGAGAAGGACCUGCCGAAACAGAUGCUGGCCUUGAUGAGCAAACAAACGAACCGAAAAAGUGGAACUUGAGAAGAAACCGCCCUCUGUUAGAUUUUGUAUCCAUGGAAGAGCUAAAUGACAUAGAUGAUUAUGACAGUGAGGAUGACAACGACUGGCGACCAACUGCUGGAAAGAAGAAGGGGAAAAAUACAUUACGAAAAGAGGGAAGCGACGGAGAUAAUGAGGAUGACGAAGAUGAUGGGAGCGGAAGUGAUGAGGAUGACAAUGAAGAGGAAGGCAAUGAGGAGGAUGAGGAGGAUGAUAACAGCAGUGCUGCUAGUGAUGGUGGCUCCAAAAAGAAAAAAGCGAAAGCUCUUAGCAGGAAUAGUGCUGAUGAGGAGGAGCUGACAAAUGAUAGCCUGGCUCUUUCACAAAGCAAGAGCAAUGAGGACUCGCUGAUUCUUGAGAAGUCUCAAAACUGGACCUCCCAGAAAAUGGACCAUAUUAUGAUUUGCUGUGUUUGUCUUGGGGACAAUAGUGAAGAUGCUGAUGAAAUAAUCCAGUGUGACAACUGUGGGAUAACAGUGCAUGAAGGUUGUUAUGGUGUUGAUGGUGAAAGUGAUUCUAUUAUGAGCUCUGCUUCAGAAAACUCUACUGAACCGUGGUUCUGUGAUGCUUGUAAAUGUGGUGUAUCACCAAGCUGUGAACUCUGUCCCAACCAAGAUGGAAUCUUCAAGGAGACAGAUGCUGGCAGGUGGGUCCACAUAGUUUGUGCCCUCUAUGUUCCAGGAGUAGCAUUUGGAGAUAUUGACAAACUGAGACCUGUAACACUUACAGAAAUGAACUAUUCCAAGUAUGGAGCAAAGGAAUGCAGUUUCUGUGAAGAUCCUCGUUUUGCCAGGACUGGCGUUUGCAUUAGUUGUGAUGCUGGAAUGUGCAGAGCCUAUUUCCAUGUGACUUGUGCUCAGAAGGAAGGCUUGUUGUCUGAAGCAGCUGCAGAGGAGGAUAUUGCAGAUCCUUUUUUUGCUUAUUGUAAGCAACAUGCAGACAGGAUGGAUAGAAAAUGGAAGCGCAAGAACUACUUGGCUUUACAAUCGUAUUGCAAAAUGUCUUUACAAGAGAGAGAAAAACAGCUCUCUCCGGAAGCUCAGGCCCGAAUUAAUGCCAGACUACAACAAUAUCGUGCCAAGGCAGAACUAGCGCGCACCACACGGCCUCAGGCAUGGGUUCCAAGGGAAAAACUGCCGCGACCACUCACCAGUAGUGCUUCAGCAAUUCGUAAACUGAUGCGCAAAGCUGAAUUAAUGGGAAUCAGUACAGACAUCUUUCCAGUGGAUACUUCAGAUACCAGUUCCAGUGUGGAUGGAAGGCGGAAACACAAACAGCCAGCUCUGACAGCUGAUUUUGUGAACUAUUACCUUGAGCGAAACAUGCGCAUGAUCCAGAUCCAAGAGAACAUGGCAGAACAAAAGAAGAUUAAAGAUAAGCUGGAGAAUGAGCAAGAAAAACUUCAUGUGGAAUACAACAAGCUGUGUGAAUCCUUAGAAGAACUUCAGAAUAUGAAUGCAAAACUACGAAAUGAAGGACAAGGAGUGUGGGCUGUGCUUGGUAGAAUUAUUGGGCAGAAACUGAAUAUCCCAGUGAUUUUGCGGGCACCCAAAGAGAGAAAGCCAAGUAAAAAAGAAGGUGGAACCCAGAAGACGACAACCCUUCCAGCAGUACUUUAUAGUUGUGGAAUUUGCAAGAAGAACCAUGAUCAACAUCUCCUUUUGCUGUGUGAUACUUGUAAACUGCAUUAUCAUCUUGGAUGUCUGGACCCGCCACUUUCAAGGAUGCCAAGGAAGACCAAAAACAGUUACUGGCAGUGUUCAGAGUGUGACCAAGCAGGUAGCAGUGACAUGGAAACAGACAUUGCCAUGGAAACUUUGCCAGAUGGUACUAAGCGAUCAAGGAGACAGAUCAAGGAGCCGGUGAAAUUUGUUCCACAGGAUGUACAGCCAGAACCGAAGAAGAUUCCUGUAAGAAACACGAGAACUAGAGGACGAAAACGAAGCUACCUUCCUGAAGAAGAAAAAACAGAGGAACGCAUUCCUAGAGAAAGAAGACAAAGGCAGUCUGUAGUACAAAAGAAGCCAAAGUCCGAGGAUCUAAGAACUGAAUGUGCUACAUGCAAGGGGACUGGAGACAAUGAAAAUCUAGUCAGGUGUGACGAGUGCAGGCUUUGCUAUCAUUUUGGCUGUUUGGACCCUCCCUUGAAAAAGUCGCCCAAACAAACUGGCUAUGGGUGGAUUUGUCAAGAGUGUGAUUCUACAUCCUCUAAAGGAGAAGUGGAUGGAAUGAAAAACAAGUAUCAGGAUUCGGAACCGUCAAAUGAGGUGGUCUCAGAGGCCCCAACUAAUGUUGUACCCUCUACCUCAAGAAGUAGUUCUGAACAGCUGGUAUCGGUGGCACAGAAACAUCCAGAAGAGGAGGAUGAAAAUGAAGUGGAUUCAAAAAAUUCACCACUUUGAGCCAAACAUGGAACAGAGAAAUAUGAAAAAAUAGACAUUAC